UAACUUGUCUCUCAAAAUAAUAGCAACAAAAGAAUCUCAAACUACCCGCCACAAAAAAGAACACUAUGGCAACCACAACAACAAAAACCUUAUCAUUGAUCUCUCCGGAACCUGUUUUCCCUCGUAAAUCCAAACAAACCAUUUUCUCUUCUGUCUCUCCUCCACCUGCCCCUACACUUACCACUCUCCAAGCCCAACCCGUGACCCAAAAACUAGCCAGGUUUGGUUUUGUGGGUCUUCUUGGGGCAGGUGUGGCCCUGACAGCAUUGGAACCAGCAUCAGCUACUGAGUUACCCUUGCUGGGUCAACUCAGUGAACCCGCCAAUGCACUGUCUUUGCCCACCUGGGCUAUACACGUUUCCAGUGUAGUUGAGUGGAUUGCAGCGAUGGCAUUGGUUUGGCAAUAUGGGGAGAAAUCGGGGUUUGAAUCGUGGAAGGGACUUGCUUGGGGUAUGGUUCCUUUACUUGGUGGAGCAUUUUGUGCAUGCACAUGGCAUUUCUUCUACAAUUCUGAGUCCCUUGAGGUAUUAGUAGCUCUUCAAGCUGCACUGACAGUAAUAGGUAAUGCCACAAUGUGCAUUGCUGCUUUCCGUAUACACAUGUCAUCAGAGGAACGCUCCAGAAAUCUCUGACGGUUUCAGAGCCUGUAUGCAAUUAUGUCUUCUGGAAAGUAAAAUCUCUGUUUUUCAGUUGUUUGGUCUAAUUUUAGGGAGAAGGAAUUUGUUAAGACAGUUAACAAUACCCUUGUUACCCCUUCAGAGUUGUUAUUACCAGCAGCUAUUAUAUGUAAGUUUUUCUUCUCUUUUCCUUUUCCCCUCAAAAAGCACACUCCAAUAUAUUUUUAACCCUUAUUUUC